GCUCUCCGGAAAAUGCACCCGCUGCUCGCAGUUUCACCCGAAGAGGACUGACUCCUGUCCCCGCCCGGUCCUCCAGCGUCCCCGCCCCGCCUGUCCCUCUCCCGGGGAGGCGUGCAGGGCCCCGUGAGUGCGCGCGUGGAAAUUGCUCAGAAGGGACAUCGCACGACUUCUGCAAAUACCGGACUGAAAAUUUUAAUUCAUCUGCCGCCGCUGCCUUUUCCCUCGUGCUCUUGAGCUCUCGGAUGGGGAUUCUUUCCGACUGACAUUUCUGUGCAGCAGAAGUCUGAAGUCUGGGGAUCAUUCUGGAAAUUCUCCUGAUUUUUAACCCCCCCCCCGCCGGCCCCCCCAACUCCUGAUUCCUUUGGAAGUUUCGCAGCAGCUCUGACUGGAGAGCUCGGAAGAUUGAUGGGAUCCUUGCCUUAUGCGUUUAUUUGUACAAAAAAGGAAGCGUGACAGAGGAUCAUGCUACCCCUAAAAAAUACAAGUAAGUUCUUUGCACAGGAAAUGGGCUUCAUGUAACUUUUGAUGGAAACAUUUGCGAUUUUAAGUGCGUUCGAGUAAAUUGGAUUUCCAGGCAGUUGAAUCCAUUCUUUUGAGCUGUGUAACUUGUAGUGUGUAUGUCCUGCUUGCACCCAGUGUAUAAAGGAAAAUGCACCUGAGUUUGACUUAUUGUUUUUUUUUUUUAACCUUUCAGCAUCACGGAGGAAGUAGACCGAUAGUACAAUAAUUAUACAUAAUAAUAACGACCCUCAUGCAAUAAAGAUCCGAAAGGAAUUUCGAUAAAAAUUUCCUGCAUCCCAUGCCAAGGGGGAAACCCCAGAGUCAAGAGUUCCGCGUGACUGAAGACACCCCCUCUUCCAAGAAUGCAAAGCACAUCCAAUAAAAUCGCUGGAUUAUAACUCUUCUCCGGGCUUUUGGGGGCUCAGGGUGGGAGCGGGGCCGAGCGGGCAGGAUGGCGCACGCGGGGAGAACAGGUUACGACAACCGAGAGAUAGUGAUGAAGUACAUCCACUAUAAGCUGUCGCAGCGGGGCUACGAGUGGGAGGCCGGCGAUGCGAGCGCCGCGUCCCCCGAGGCCGCCCCCGAGCCGGGCGUCUUCUCCUCUCCGCCGGAUGCGCCCCGCGGCCCGGCCGCCAGGACCUCGCCGCUCCCUCCCGCCCCGGCCGCGCAGCCCGCGCUCAGCCCGGUGCCACCUGUGGUCCACCUGACCUUGCGCCAGGCCGGCGACGACUUCUCCAGGCGCUACCGCCGCGACUUCGCCGAGAUGUCGAGCCAGCUGCACCUGACUCCCUUCACCGCGAGGGGACGCUUUGCCACGGUGGUGGAGGAGCUCUUCAGGGACGGGGUGAACUGGGGGCGGAUUGUGGCCUUCUUUGAGUUCGGUGGGGUCAUGUGUGUGGAGAGCGUCAACCGGGAGAUGUCGCCCCUGGUGGACAACAUCGCCCUCUGGAUGACUGAAUACCUGAACCGGCACCUGCACACCUGGAUCCAGGAUAACGGAGGCUGGGAUGCCUUUGUGGAACUGUACGGCCCCAGCAUGCGGCCUCUGUUUGAUUUCUCCUGGCUGUCUCUGAAGACGCUGCUCAGUCUGGCCCUGGUAGGAGCUUGCAUCACCCUGGGUGCCUACCUGGGGCACAAGUGAAGUUACCCAGCCUGCCGCAGUUAUGCAAAAGUUCACAAAAGCAGUAGGAAUAGUAUGCAUCGUCAGUGAGGUACCAAGAAAUGAAGCUGUGGUCUCUUAAAACAAAAAUCAAAAAACAAAACAAAACAAAAAAUGACUUUCAGGCUCAACGUCAAAUCAGCUAUUUACUGCCAAAGGGAAAUAUCAUUUAUUUUUUACAUUAUUAAGAAAAAGAUUUAUUUAUUUAAGACAGUCCCAUCAAACCUCCUGUCUUUGUAAACCGCACCACUCAUUGGUAAGCCCCACUUCUGGCGGCCCCACCUGGAUCUCCUGUGCCUAUAAACACGGAUUUGUUUUCAAUGUCGUCUGCACUAACUCUCCAUCUGAAGAGCAAACAAACUGGCAAAAGACUUGACUGUUAGAGAAGCCAGAGUCUGACUCCUCCAGUCUUGGAAGAAGGUGUUCAUUCUACUUGCAAUUUGCCCUGGGGCUGUGACAUUAAUGGAGGCAAGGUCCUCGGAAGGAAGUAGACUCUUCCCUGCAGGGAAGAACAGACGCUUCGCUUUUGAUUCACAUGGUACAAACCCAGUUGGAGGAAAAAAACUAGGAACUUUACACGGACAUGGUGUCCACUGAGAUUUCCACGCCGAAGGUCAGCGAUGGGAAAAAAUGCCCUUAAACCAUAGGAAAGUAUUUUUUUAAGCUACCAAUUGUGCCGAGAAGCAUUUUAGCAAUUUAUACAAUAUCAUCCAGUACCUUAAGCCCUGAUGUGUAUAUUCCUAUAUCUCGGAUCUGCCCCUCUGAGUACUGGCUCCGUCUGAGUAAGAAACAGGAUCCUUUGGCAUGCAAGGAAUCGGACUCGUCGGUAACUUCUUAAGCAUGGGGAAGGCAAGCGUUUCCAGAGGCAUCAGGCCGCCACAAGUGCCUGCUUUUCAGUAGUAAGCUGCAGCCUGCAGGCCUGUCUCGCGGCCCAGUAGGAGGGCUUCGUCCUAGAACUGAGCCUGGGCACUGGCUGGCCUCCGAGAUGGCUUUUAAACAGAGCAAUGUGGUCUCCGAGUGUUUGCAAGCCAAAGGAGUUCAGAACGCCACUGUCGAGAAAUAGCAAUAGCGGGACUCCGCCUGGGCCUGCUGGCUGUGGGGCUGGCCCUCAGGUUGGGCCCAUUUUCCCACAGAGCAAAACCUGGGUGCCAUGGGUUCUUUGUUUGGGCCGCUUCUUAAGACUGACUCUGAAGGUGCAACCUGUGAAGUUGUCUCAGAGAAGUGUAUCGCUGUGGAGGGAAACUGAGGCGCAGCUCCGGAAGGGGCCAGCAGUGACGCGGUGCAUGCUGGGAAGGCCUCUGCCGGCGCUAACGAAAGGAAAAUGGCAAUGUGCACGCUGGGCCCCCGAGCGGCCUGUGGGCCCCCGAGCGGCCUGUGGGCCCCCGAGCGGCCUGUGGGCCCCCGAGCGGCCUGUGGGCCCCCGAGCGGCCUGUGGGCCCCCGAGCGGCCUGUGGGCUGCAGUUUCCAGAAAGGUUUUGAAUGACUUUGAGGAGGGUCAUAAAUCCUAAAGGAGUGUUGAAACGAGGUGUCAUGGAUUAAUUGACUUAUAGCUAUGGAAAUACGAUGUAAAACAUUAUCUUGUCCUUGUCUUUUGGUUUUAUUUGAAAACCUGACAGAAAAAAAAAAAGGCUCUAGGUGUAGAAUUUAGGGAUUAUCUGUACAUCCUGGGGCAAUUAAAAAAAAAAAAAUCAGUGGUGGAAAAUUAUAGAGAAGUAGCAAAAGAAGUAAAAAUCUCCAGUUAAUAUACUAGAAACUAUUUUUUUAAGUUUAGAGUCAGCCUUGAUUUGUGGCAUUAUUGCAUUAUAUACCAUUUAUCUGUAUUAACUUUGGAAUGUAUUAUGUUCAGUGUUUAAUGCUGUGGUUGAUAUUUCAAAAGCUGCUUUAAAAAAUACAUGCAUCUCAUCAUUUUUCUUAAUUGUAUUUAGUUAUGGCCUCUACACUAUUUGUUAGCAGAAAUGAUCAUUUUCCAAUUGAGAUUUUUGUCUCCUUAAUUCUGCAAAAGCAUUUCCAAGAAGGUGAGAAGCCCUGGGUCUCACUCAGCAAACUGAGAAACCCUGGAGCAUAUUGGCCGCUGAGGAACCUUGCUUCAAUCAAGUUGUGUGCAUUUCCCUUUCAACACAGUUGUUUAUUGUGAGGGAUAUAUCUGUUGUCCCUUUGACCUGUUCCUUGAAAGUUGACUUGUCUGUCCCUGGGCAAUUCCGAAUUUAACUCAAAGUUAUUUGGUAAAACCCAUGAAGUUCAUUCAGUUGAAAAUCCAGAUGGGAAGCUACCAGAGAAUUAAAAUCUGGCACUGAGUGGUUUGACUUUAAGAGAGUUGCUUUAGGUGGCCUGUUUAAACAUAGACCCCCAUAUAGAGACCUACUGCCCUCCUUCCGCAGGGUCCUUGUCUGUGGCUAUCCUUCAGAUCCUUCCUGAAAUGCAAUGGCACUUAACGUUCCCCACAGAGAGAGCAGGAAACCCGUGGUACAAAGUCAGACCUCCUGGCGGGCCUCAGGGAACAGGAUGAUCAGACCUUUGUAUGAUCCUAAUUUUUUGGCAAAAUAAUAUUUUAUGAAAGGUUUACAUUGUCAUAAGUGAUAAAUAUGGAAUAUCAAAUCCUGUGCUGCUAUCCUGCCAAGAUCAUUUCAAUGGAGUCAGUUUGCAGUACACUCCAAGUGGUGAGAUUCUCCAAGCUGCUUUAGAAGUAACAAUGAAGAGCAAGUACAUUUUUAAUAUAAAGCCUGUUUGUGUUUUGUUACUGUUGUUAUUGUUUCAGCUGGGUUCACAGAGUAUUCAAAAAAUGUAUAUAUAAAAAAAGGUCAUGGUGGUUAACUUCUGGCUGGUUUCCUUUUGCUGUGGGGUUUUGCUGUCUGGUUUUAACCGUAAAUGUGCCGGACCACCUGACCCCAGAACUGUACAGUAUUGUGGCUACCCUCACUCUAAGAGUAGUUGAUAUUACAUUUUUCUUGUUAAAAACAUGUUGGAGGCAAUGAAUGUAUAUAAAAGCCUCAACUAGUCAUUUUUCCCUCCUCCUUUCUUUUCAUUGUCUUGUUUUGCCACCACACAGAGAACCUUUCUACCUAUUUCAUAUGGAGAAGGGAUUCACACCGGAAUAUUAACUCCUCUUUACCACAAACAUGGUGAAUAUGUUGGCCAGGGCCAGGGUUCAAUAGAACACAAGCACUUUUCCAAAUUGGGGUCAAGAGCUCUAAGAGCUCUAAAAAAGAGCCUACGAGGUAAAAAGCACUCAAGAACCUUCUCGGUCCUCUUAAGCCCUUACUGCAUAAGCGCUCUGAAAGGGAAACCAAAAGACAACAGACAUAUUCUCUAGCAAACAGGGCUCAUCCCAGAGGAUUUGACAGGGCCUGAAAAUUCCUGGAGGCUUAAGGUUCCGAUGAAAGUCACAUUUAGAAUUAAGGAAGCAUCUCCAAAUAGUUUAAGCAAAACACCAGUAUCCCUCUGCCUUAGCCCAUUUAUCUCUGCAUAUUCAGAUGUGGCCUUCCAUUUAGAUGUGACUUUUAUUUCAUUCGAAAAUGUUGAUUGUUCGUCAUCUUAAAGGCUUAGCCCUGGCCCAGUACGAAAAAUAAGGAAGUGACUAUAAAUCAAAAGGCGUUAUAAUCAGGAUUAAUGUAAAUGAUUAGGGCCGUCCCAACACACGUCCAAUUUUCAGGCCAAGGAUCUAGUGAAUGAACAGAAUUGCAAAUAGUCUAUGUUUGUAAUUAGACCUGUGCUAAAACAGGUAUUUUAUAAAUUUGAACUUAAAUUCUAAUUUCAGUUGUAUUUCGAAGGCAGUGGCUGCUUUUACACUUCUUAUCACUUAUAGUUAGUAAUGUACACCUACUCUAUCAGAAAAAAAAAGAAAAAAACAGGAAAGGCUUGAAAUACAAGCCACUCUAAGGAAAUUAGGGAGUCAGUUGAAAUUCUAUUCUAAUCUUAUUCUAUGGUGUCUUUUUCUGCCCAGACAAAUGUGGUUACACACUUUUUUAAGAACUACAAUUCUACAUUGUCAGCUUAUGAGGGUUCCAAUCAGAUCUUUAUUGUCAAUCUGGAUCUUUUAGGGUUUUUUUUAAUUAUUAUGAGACAAAGGACAUUUGUUGUGGGGGUGAGAGGGAGGAAGAAUUUUUAAAUGAUUAAAACAUCCCCAAGAUUGGGUCAGAGAGUGGAGGUUUCUCAGAAUAGUCAGAACUGUGGGGUAUGAAAUGGAAGCAAGUAGGACCUUCCCUCUGGUCAGCAUGAUGCCUCAGUGAAAGAGCUUGUGCAACAAAUGAGAAGCAUUUAUAAUUCUGUGGUACAUACAGAUUGUAGAAACAUCAGCACAGCUCAGUGUCAGCUCAGUGUGGCAGUGCCAAUGGCCGAAAGCUUUUUUAAAUAUUUGCCAUUAAUAGUAUAAACUUCAACCCUGGAUAUAGCUAAUGGGUAUUUAAACAAUUAAGCUUGCUAUUUUAACCAACAGGAUAUUUAAUAGCAACCUUCUGGUUGGUAAGGACAUCUGUUUUUAAGUGUUUAUUAUGCACAAUAAUAAGAUUAAAAAAAAAUUGUGAAACUGAAUUGGGUACGUGAUAACUCAAGUCCCUUAGCCUUACCCAAAGAAUCAUUCCUUUCCAUGUCUGUCCUCACAGGAUGGACUUGGACAACGAUGAAAUAUGCAUCCCACUGGGCACAAAGAGAACCAGAUGGAGUGUGAAUGGUACUGCCCCAAUUCCUCACCACCGCCCCAGAAAAUAACACACAGUCAGCAUCCCAUCAAUGACACGGUUGUUUUGUGUACCAAGGUCAGCACAGCAAUGACUCCGCAGACGAUAACAACCGAUUGGCAUAACCACUCACCAGAAUGGCUAAAAUUAAAAAGACUGGCGACUGAUGAACACAACAGUCAUGUGGGAGAAGGUACAAUUUGGCAGGUUACAUCCUAUGGGUGGAAGAUGGAAAGUUAAUCAAAAAGUCCUAUAGUGUCGAUACAUAACUAAUACCAUGUACCUAAACCUUUUGGGGAUUCUGCAGUGGGAUUUCCAGCUAGCUCAUUUUAUUAAGUCCUCCCCACCCCGCAGGGUAGCAUUUGAAGGAGUGAUAGCCAAUUAGAUUUCUCUUACGGAAGCUUUGGUGGUUGUGUUUAUUAUAAUGUCUUCUUAAGUCUUUAAAGCAAUCAAGUUUUGCCUUUGUUUUGCCUUACUGGGGCUAUUUGUGUUUUAAAUAAAAUAAGUGUAUUAAAAGUGUUUUGUACUGAAAGUUUGUUAUCAAGAUUUUUAUACUUUUGUGUUCUUUAGGCUGUUUUUAAGAUUAAUAUUUUUUAGGGGUAGCUGAUAUCCUGGUGGUGCAAGUGGUUUGAUAGUUCAAACCCAUCCAGCGGCUCUAAGGAAGAAAGUCCUGGAGAAGCCAACACCUACCUUCCAAGGUAGUGAGGAGUGGUAGUGGAGAGUAUACAGUGCUGGCAUGUAGCAGAUGAUCAACAAAUGGAUGUUAUUAUUGGAGUCCUUUUAAUAAGAUUACAGCCAAGAAAACACUUUGGGGCAGUUCUACUCUGUAACACAUGGAGUUUUGGUUUUUUUAAUAUCCUGCAACACUGAACAUAGAAACAAAUAUAAGCUAAACCUACUUUAGAUGUUAAGAUAAAGUGAUUUCCAGUUGGCCACCGUUAAAUACAAUGGCACUUUUCUUGUGGGAAAAGUCACAUUGCCACUAAAUUUUUCUUGUCUGUCUAGCUAAUAUUGUGAAGAAAAAUAAAGCACGGUGUGAGAUAUUGGUUCUGCCCUGUAAUUGCUUAUAAUGUGUUCACAUGAUUUUGCCCUGCCAUUCAUCGUCAUUAAACAAGACUUUAAAAAACCUUCUUAACAAGCCAAUACUGUAUAACCACGAGCAACCCCACUCUAAUGAAGUCCUCAGGGACCAGGCGGAGGGAUUGCCUUACAGGUGAAACUACCUUAGAAGGAAGCCUUUUGUUUCUUGGUAACAAACCCUUCUGAUUAGGUCCAAGAUGUAUACCACCCUGAGUUCCACACCUCCAGAGAGCCAUUGUUGCUAUUGGGUGUGUUCUCUGCCAUGUGGAGUGGAGUUCCCAGCCUCUGCAUUCCAUCAGAUGACAGAGUGUAUGAAAAGGAGAGAACGAAGCUGAAAUUCUAUUUUUGAAGUUAACAGUUUACGAUAACCAAAGCAGCCACUUGCUUUGGAGCAUGUAAACCCUAAGUAGCAAGGCAUCCAGUAUUUCUUUCUUAUGUUUGGUUACUGAUACCCUAAGCAUCAACCCUCUGACUCUCCUCCCUUAAACUCUGUUACAGAUUAAAUUGUGACUCCCCAAAAUAUGUGUUGGAAUCCUAACACAUAUACCAGUGGCUGUAAUUCUGUUUGGAAGUAGGGUUUUCUUUUUUAUAUUAAUUAGAUCAUACCUGAAUAGAGUGGAUUCUAAAUCUAAUCACUUCUGAGUUAUCAAAAGAGCACAUUAGACACAGAGAUUCACGCACAUGGGGGAAGACAGAUACAAUGUAAGGAUUAUGAAGGAACCAAGGAACGCCUGUUGCUACCAACAAGGAAGGAAUUCAUACCUCUGAGAUCCUGAUUUCGACUUUUGGCCUCCAGAACUGUGAGAAAAUAAAGUUCCAUUCUUUAAAGCCACCCACUUAAAUUUGUGUUACAGCAGCGUUAGCAAACUAAGACAGACUCUUUUUAAAAGGACUCUAAUAAUAACAUCCAUUUGUUGAUCAUCUGCUACAUGCCAGCACUAUAUACUUUCCACUACCACUCCUCACUACCUUGGAAGGUAGGUGUUGGCUUCUCCUUUUCCAGAGGAGAAAACUGAGACUCAGACGUUAGACAACAUACCCAAGGUCUCAAGCAAUGGGAGUGACAAAGGCAGGAUUUGAGCCCUGGUCUGGCUGACUCCAAGGCCCAGGCUCCCUCCUCUCUAUCAGUAGUCUUCAAACUGCUGCGCAUGUAACCUUGGGACACAGCCCUUCCCAGGGGUACACAGUCAUGGGACAUUUAAAGCUAUCAACGUCCUCACUGCCCGUGGGUAAUUUUUGUAAACUGGGCUCCUUCAGAACCCUCCCCGAGGUCAGGCUGCUUCUCCCACCUUCCCUUCCACAAUUGUCUGUCACAUUUCACCUAUUCUGAAUCUUACUGUGGGUGCUGCAGUGGUCUGCUGGAGCUGGCUUCUACUGUCAUGAGAGCCAAUUGUAUGUAUCUCUUUCCAGCUCCACAUUCACUAAAGUCAAGUUGGUAGUUUGAAAUUGGCCAUGGUGGAAGUAUUUACACUACAGAAAUCAGCAAAUGGUACAAAUCAGGACUUCAAACUUUUUUUUUUUUCCAGAAAGCCAGUUUACCCACCUACCAUGUCCAUCUGCACUCAAGCCUGCAGUAAGUCCCAGUUGUGUUAAAACCCUUGGAUUACCAAAAGGGAUGAUUUGAAAUACUGAAGUAUUAGACUCUAAUGACUUUUGUAAAUUGGUUUUCCAAUUCUUUGCUUUCAACAAAAUUAAGUCAGCUGAUCAAACUUUUUUUAAUGUGAUUUUUUAAAAAAUAUAACUCAGAAGUUCAAGGAGUUGAGUAAUGUUGCUAUAACCAAACUCCUUUCAUUCCUAUGUACUUGUUUAUGUGUAUAAUCCUCACUGCUUUCAUCCAUAAAAACAAAAAAUAAGAAUAGCAUUGACGGUGAACCCUUACUCUUUCUAGCAACACGUACUUUUCUAUUUAUGGAUAAUGUCCCUCCUGGUUGGGAAGGGGCGUUGGAGAAGGGUAAACCAGCCCUGUUCAUAUCAUUGAGAGAUGUAUUUCCAAUAAAAUUUAAAUUCUAUGUUAAAUAAUUAUCAAAAUUGUAAUAUAUUUGUGCAUUUUUAUCAAUUGGAUAAUAAUAAUAAUUGUAAUAAUUACUUAAUCCAGGAACAAAAUGUAAAGCCUUAUGGUCACAAAAAUUUAUUUAAAUGCAUCGACUUGCUUUUGUAGUAGAAAAGUAUGAGAGGCUAAUCAAUUUUAAACUUUCAACUGUAAGAAAUACCAUAUUAGGAUAAAAUGGGGGAUGGAAUAUAUAUUUAAGGAGAAAAAGGAACAAUGUAAGA